AUCAUAAAAUCAUAAAUCCAGUUUUUAAACUAUUCUCAUAUUUGUCUCAGCAGUUUCAGAAGUAGCAGAGCAAAGAUGAAGCUGAGUUUGUUCCUGUUCAUCCUUGUUGGUCCUUGUUGCGUCAUGACAAACCAGCUUCUCCAGUAUCACUUCAUCAAUGAAAACAAGAGUUGGGAUCAAGCCCGGCUCUACUGCAAAGACAACAAUCACACUGACCUGGCCACAGUGAUCAGCAUGGCAGACAUGAACAGACUCAGGCAGCAUUUAGGAAACAGGAGCGCUUGGAUUGGUCUGUACAGAGAAGCUAAUGGCAGCACAAUGUGGCAAUGGUCUCAGCCUGAUGUGCAGUUCAAUGAAAGCCGAGAUAAUGGAUGGGAUACAGACGAACCAAAUGACAAUGGCAUAGAGAACUGUGGGACUUUAAACACCAACAAAAAGUGGGCGGACCUGUCCUGCAACAGAGCAAAACCUUUUAUCUGCUAUGAUGAAAAAACCCCAUCUCAUGUCAUUUAUGCUAACGAGAGUCUGAACUGGACUGAUGCUCAGAGUUUCUGCAGGGACCGUCACACAGACCUGAUCAGUGGACCAGAGCAGAUGAAAAAGUUGGAUGGGGGGAAGACGAAGGAGUUAAUCCAAAAGUCCGAGGGUGGUUUUGUUUUCAUUGGCCUGUUUAGAGACGCCUGGCAGUGGUCUGAUGGGAGCAGCUUUUCCUUCAGGUUCUGGAAUCUGCAGUAUGAUGAUGAGAAAAACGACAGCAGUUGUGCCAUGAUGAAUGAGGGAGGAAGGUGGAGUUCUGAGAAUUGUAGUGAAGAACAUCCCUUCAUCUGCUAUGAUGAUCAUGUGAUCCUGAUCAAAGAGAACAGAACCUGGGAGGAGGCCUUAUACUACUGCAGACAUCACCACCAUGACCUGGUCACCAUCACUAACCCAGAGGACCAAAUUUGGGUCCAGGAGAAAACCAAGAAUGCCUCCUCUCCCUUUGUGUGGACUGGACUGCGCUACACCUGCUCUCUGGGGUUCUGGUUCUGGGUCAGUGACGAGGUGGUCCACUAUAAGAACUGGGCUUCACCUGGACAGGUGAAUGAGUGUGACAUGUCAGGAGCCAUGGAGACAGGAGGAGAACACAAGUGGUUUGAUUCUUCACAUGUGCAUUACAUACAAUGA